GAUGAUGUAAUUGUUCGUUAUCUAUAGACCCUAUGGGCUAAAUUGAAAAGAAAUAAGGAGACUUGUUCCUAAGCCUCUAGCAUGAAAGAAGGACCUGAAAGAGAUAAUUAUAGAAGUUAGAGAAAAGGCGAGGCUGGUGACAGUCGACAUCUACCAAGAGACGUCGUUCUCACAACACGCGGUGUUUCUCUCCGUGUCUUCAACGUCGACGAAACCAUAGCUCACGCACAACAGAAGGAUGUAUUACAAAGAUAACUACAUGAGGGCGGCAGUGGUGAUCCUCCUGUUCACAACAGUUCGCUACUCCCGGAUAACCCUGGCCGCCGGAGGAGAGAUGAACGUUACUGGGCAGCCCGGCAACAAAACGGACCAGCUCCACGGCUCAACACUACGGAACGGCUCGGCUGUGAUCUGUGACACCUCCCCGGCAACCAACAGCUCUAGAAUACAACAAAACAUCACUUCUGAUGACCCAGAAUGUCUUCAAAAUGACUUCCCAACUAAGCCAUCCCCACUGGAAGGUCGAGGCCCUGCCUGGCCCUUGUAUUUCACAGUAUCCCUUGGGCUCUGGUCUACCGUGACAAACAGCCUACCUCUGGCAGCCAUUGUCAAGAAAGAACAGCUCCAUACUCCCGCCUAUAUCCUCAUGGCUAAUCUGGCAGCCAGCGACGUCUUGACCGGUACAGCCUUCGUAUUUGGGGGCGGUUCGGUUCUGGUUUUCAUAUAUACCAAGACCACCACCUCCGACACCUUGGCCCGUCUCCGCCUCGCAUCUAUCCUUCUUUCGGGCCUGUCCUCCGCCUACAGCCUGCUGGCUCUGACGGCUGAGCGCUACUGGUUCAUCAUCCAUGGAAUGACCUACGUCAACAACGUCACCAACAACAAGUGCAAAGUGGUGAUUGCGAUCAUCUGGAUUUGGUCAAUGCUACUAGCUAUGCUGCCGAUCUUCGGUUGGCACUGCGUCUGGUCUGUUGACGAAGGAUGCCUUUCGUUGGGCGGGGGUUUGCCCCAAGGCUAUGUGGCCGUUGUCCUAGUGUUCAUUUUCAUCCCGAUGGUGUCCAUCAUACUCCUCAACACGCGGGUGUUCUGGUGCCUCUGGAUGCACAUGAACGCCAUCGCUGCCCAAGAAGCCGCGGUGGGCUCCCAGUCCAGCAUCAACCGGAAAUCUGCCAUCACCGUCAUCCUCAUCACCAUCGUGUUCCUGCUGGGGUGGCUGCCAUUUUCCGUCAGAAUGGCGCUACUCAUCAAAGACGACGAUGAGCUGGCUAAACUGCUGGUCUUCAUCGUCUUGAACUCGUCAAUCAACCCGAUCAUCUACGGCUUUCGCCUGGCCGAGGUUCGUCGCAACGUUGCACGGCUCUUCGUGAGCAACUAGUGAAACGCUGACUCGGCUCUGCGUGGAAUGGAAGAAACUGCAUCUCUAACACUUUGUCCCCUCAGAGUUUAAGAUGGAAGAGAAGAGGGAUUCAUAGAAAUAACAUCAGGCUCUCCGAUUUUCGAACAACCAUGGCAACACCUACAUGUACAAUAAGAGAAACAACACAAAGUACUGAGUGAUUAUCAAAUAUAACAAACACUAGAUGGCGCUCACUUCAAUUCAAAAGCACAUUAAAGCAGGACAUCAAAGCCAGGCGCAAAAACAUCUUGCUGGAAAAGAAGGGUGAUAGACGUCCGGGUGACAACAACAACAACAGUAGCAGCAGCACCAUGGACAGGUCCAUGGAGAGAGCAGACAGCAUGAAAAUCACGAAGACCAUCAAGACAAGUGAAAACGACAAGACGCGGAUCACAAAGGUAAUCACUUACUCUACCGAUAUUAAGAGAAUUAUAAAAACCUGGACAGGCAGCCCCGACACCAAAAUAGAGACGGACGGACACAUAAUUUAGUUUUGUUUUGUAAUCUUUGUACAUUAUUCGUUGAUCUAUUCCUGUGACACUGCUAGAAUAUGAAACGUACAGAACAUUUGUUAGACCUGGGUUAUCUCGUGACGUGUUACUGAAAUGCUAGAAAGUGUUAUUUGUAACGGCCAUUACUUACUUAGCGUUUGAGUUAAAUGGAAAGACCAUGCCUCCUUCAAUGCAUGCGCAAGGAAGAAGUAAAUUAGAACCAAGGGGUAGCCAGUUAUUAAAUAGACCAAUCAUCUACAACUAUUUUUAUGGUUGUUUUUGUUUCUAUAUAAAUUGUAAUAAUAUUACUGGCGAAAAACGUAAUGAUGUAUUUGUUCCGCUGUAAUAGAUCCUAUAUGGACUCCACUGAAAAGCAAUACACAAUGUAUUGUGAUUUUUGUCAGCCAGUACAAUAUAAGAGUAAUUGCAGAAAGUAGUACGGUGAUGUAUGAUAUGUUUGCUUUUUCAACAAAACAAAGUUUGUUGGUGUCAUUUACCACGAAGGGCAACGAGAGACAAUGGACAUAUUACCCGUUUCGGCUGAUUCUGACAGUUGGUAGCACUAAUCUGGAGCCGUAGAGGGGAUGUUAAAAAGAUAAAAUUGGAUGGGCAACAAGAAUUUGUUUUUCAGUUGCUUUGUAACACUUCAAUAAACGUCAUUGAAACAGAUUUUAUCAUACCCCAUACGACCCGGAUGGAAUUAAGUCAUUAUAAGUAAUUUGUCCAUUUCUCAUUCUCCUACAAUGUUAUCAUCUUGCUUAUAAUUCGUCAUGUAACUUACUUGAAAUGGUGAACCACAUGAAUUAAACACAUUUGUGAAGCAGAAAGUUGGAAUCAUGCUUUUUAUUGGACGCUUUUUUUUCGUGAAGCAAAAAUGGCCAGUAUGGCCAAAUAGACAAAAUACUGGUCAUUCAACCACAAAAUACAUAUUCACAUAUACAAAGUCCAGCCGUACAAAACUACUUGUAUUAGUGAACCCACUGUUAGGUCAGAGCCUUCAGCCUCCAUGCAAUGCUACUAAUCUGAAGAAUGAAUCAUCAUCAUCACAAGUUUUCGUUCCUCCAAUUUUGCUGCUUUGACUAUGAAGUACAAGUGGUUGGUAGGACGACUCUGACAAGGUCUCUAAAAGAAAGAGGACCCAUCCAUACAAUAACUCAAUCUCUCAGAUGUUCAGAAAUUUCCUUCAAACAUGAUCUUGUUUCACAUUGCAGGGCAGACCUACUCUCCAAGCAGAGGUUUGGCUCCAGAUGUCGGUCAUUCUAUUUUGCCCUGUUUCUUUCAUGUCUGCCAAAGAAAGCGGAACAAGAUAGAAAGCCCAACAAAAAUUCCUAAAAACAUUUUUAGAUAAAACACAUUUAGCCAAACAUCUAGUUUAAGAGUUAGGCAGACCAUUUUUUAAAAGUUUGUCUAACACUGUCUAAAGUUGUAUUCUGUUGUCUCUUUGGUUUCAUCAUUUGAAGCUCUUCAGAUUGUGGGCACUCUAUGUUUUGUCUGUGUUUAACAAAUGCAGACACAGACCCUGACCUCAGUGACAGUUCCUAGUCUAGCUAUGAACAAGCCUACAACAUACAUUUGUAUACAGAAGGGGAAGACUGCAAAGGCAUUCAUGAGGCAGGUGUAGAAAAAUCUGAAAAAAUUCAUGUCGGGUUAUGCAGAAAAUAUGCCCCCAAUUCAGUUGUACAUUUUGUAGUUAUCAAGUAGUCUUUUAUCUUGCCAUCCUAAAAUUGUUUAAUAAUCGUUAACUUUUGGCACCCACCUCAUGGGCCUUUGCAGUUGACCUCACUAGAUACUUUACAAGGGCAUAGGAUAACAGUGACAUUAGAAUUGUCUGCCAUGCUGCGUGGUUAAAGUUGUCGUGUCAACUCUGUGAAAGCACAGUUAUCAUGACAUAAUCAUUUGCAAACUUGUAGGUCUCAGUCUACCAGGUUCAACCAACCAGCAUGGCAGCUGUCAUGUGAUCAUCCUAUUGAGUAGCAUCUCAGUUUGGUUGCCAUGGCAACAUGCUUCUAUUUACAUUAUGGUUUCAUAGUAUGAAACACUCUUGGUGAAAACUUAAACAUAAAUGCACAAGUGUGUUGUUCCUUCAAUGGUCUACCUCUCCCUGCAUUUGGCAAAAACUGUAGCUGUUCCAUGACUUUAAGCCAUGAGGCAAAAUAAAAUGUUUAUUACGUGGGAAAAGACCAAUCCUGGCUGUCAAUCAAAACCAGUCUUUAUCCAAAGAGAGUGGUAGUAUAUUCAUCACGUUUGCAUUUCUACACUUUUGGUUUUGUGGUGAUUUCUAAGCUUUGACUGGGAUACAAAGUAGUGUACUAACAUAAAGUUGACCAAAAUUAAAGUCAUUGGUUGGUUUGUAGCUUUAAAAAAAAAAGAAAAAGAAAAGGAGAAUCAAUUUGUAGUGCUUUGUUUGACCUUUGGGCCAAUCUUCUUGCAACAGCUUGGGCAGUGAACUCUGCUAGUCAUUAUCAAAAUGCUUCUGAUGACUUCCAAUCUUAACUUGCCAACCUGUUAUGGCAUUCAACAGUCUGUUAGGAGUGUCACGCUUACAACUAUAAAACUAUCUCCGACUGUACAGUAAUUUCACAUACUCAUAGAGGCCAAAGUUGGAAAAUUCUAUGAGGUUCAGCUAAGUAUUGUACUGAUACUUAAGCUCAGUGCUACUUUGGUAAAAACUAUUCAGCAUCUGGUAACAUACAUGUAUCUGAGAGGGGAUCUGUAUAAUAUAAAAUGUUGCACAAUUGAACAUAACAUGAACCAUUAUACAUGUACAUAUUAAUGUUGGCAAGUCUUUGGAAAUGAUGUAAACAUAGGUAAGGCUGACAGUAGCACCUCCAUUUCCAGGCAAGAAACAAGUCAGAUUUGGCCUUAAGUGGAGGACUACACUGGGAAUUGGUACACAUAGCUUUAAAUGAUAUCCAAGGAGUUGUUUGGCACUGAGAUGUGAUGUAAGAGAGAGAGAGAGAACUUUUAGGUAAAUGAUACAUAUGCCCUAUCUACCUUUGCUCUUGUCAAACUGUUAACCACAAACUAAAAAGGUUCUUGUGUAAACAUUGUAACAGAGGGUGGGUAAAAAUCCUUUGUUUGUACUUGUGUACCCAAUUCAUCAAAACAGACUUUUGUAUGACACUGUUUUUCUUCUGAUAAGAGAUACAGUAACUGUGUCAAUAAUGAUACUGGUGAUCCCACAAAUGGCACAAAGUGUAUCUUGUGGAACAAAACAUGUCCUUCACUAAUAUCUGCACAUAUGUAGAAGGGAAAGGCAAGAACAGAGGGGCAUGCAAGAGUCUUGGUGUAUGGAUCUAAGAGAUUCAGACAAUCUUGCUCCCUCCCAAACCUAAUCAAACUGACAAACUUCCUUUAAAUGGACUAAUAAUAAUACAUGUAAUAAGGCUGGUAUAAAAACCAAGACAUGGAAUAUAAUAAACCUAAAACACAAUAUCAGGACCUGAUAUGUCAUUUUUUACAUACAAUAAUAAAGACAUACACAAUACUUUGGGCUUUAUGAUAUAAGGAGUAUAAGGAGUAUACAUUUGACUACCAUCCUGCUAAUGUUUAAAUAAUUACUCAACUAUAAAGUAUUAAACACUUUCACACAUACCUAAUAAAAUACUUUUUACAAGGCAAUGGAAUGGUACAGAACUAUUAAGCAUUUAUUAAAUUGUACAUGGUGUUUGACCUUGCAAUACCUCUGCCAUGAUUGGUCUUUUAGUCUGGCCUCCAGCCAUUUUUAUAGUGUACAUGUAUGCUGGUCUAAAGUAUACACCAGUAUAAAGGUUAUAACUGGUGUAUAAAUGAGUUUAUCCCUAUAACCUCCUUGCCAGUAUAACAUUGGAGGUGUAGAGUUACACUUAGCAAGAUGAUGGGUAACUGUGGCUCUUACUAAAAUGAGACAACAAAUAAGAAAACAACUAUGCUAUAACUCUGGAUAAAAAUACUGUUAAAUUUCACUUCUUAUUUACUGUCCCUAAAGGUGUUGAGAGCUAAUUCUGACCUUUAAACAUGCCACAAUCCUGUAUCAAGACCAAUGUGUAGUACUGUACUGUACUGUACUGUAGUGAGCACUUCUCUGGUGGGAGGCCGACAGAUAUA